AUGGCUGUGUUUUCUAAGCUUUUUGUUGCAUUCCUGACGAUUGCUGGCUCCUUCGCUUCCCCUAUUGAUCUAGCCGAGCUCCAGAAUAAUGCUACACUCGUCGAACGUCGCGCCCCAGACUUCUACAUAGCUGGGCCUCGCAGUGAUGUCCGAAGCCUCAAGAGGCAAGCUACUGAAUCCCCAAACUACAGCCAGGAUUAUAUAGCAUCUGGCGCAAACGUUCAAUUCACGCCCAAUGGCAACUCAUUCUCUGUUACUUUCAACACGAACUCCGAUUUCGUGGUCGGACGCGGAUGGCAAACGGGAGAUACUACUCCAAUCAACUUCGAUGGUACUUUCAAAGUCACUAGCGGAGUUGGUUUGCUUUCCGUCUAUGGCUGGAGUACCAACCCCCUUGUUGAAUACUACAUCAUGGAGGACGCGAGCAACCCACCUCAACAAGGCACUAUAAAGGGAACGUUCACAAGUGAUGGAGGAACCUAUACAGUCUGGGAACAUCAACAAGUCAACCAGCCAUCCAUCCAAGGAUCGUCGUCUACUUUCAACCAAUACCUUUCUAUCCGUACUUCUGGGAGAAGCAGCGGUACCGUCACCGUCGAGAACCACUUCAAGCAGUGGGCUUCGUAUGGAAUGUCUCUGGGUUCCUUGAACUACCAGACAAUCUCUGUGGAGAGCUGGGGUGGUGCCGGAUCUGCGACACAGACUGUCACCAAGGGAGGCUCAGGCUCUACAGGAACAACGGGCACAGGCACUGGAAGUGGGACCGGCACUGGUACCGGCACGGGAACUGGAACUGGAUCUACUGGUGCUUGCGCAGCGCUCUACGGUCAAUGCGGAGGAACUGGCUUCACUGGUGCCACCUGCUGCGCGUCUGGAUCAUGCACAGCAGCGAACUCCUACUAUUCUCAGUGCCUUAGUUAA